GGGUGAAAAACCUCAUCAUCCUCGCGUUAAAACGUCAGCUGGGCUCCGGUCCGCACAAUUUCAAUGGUUUUCCUGCUGCAUCAACACACUAGCAGCAGCAGCUUUCACCUUUCUCACACUCACUCCCUUACUCUCUUUCGAUGUCUACCUUCUCAGCUACACCCUGUACACCCACCUCUCUCCUGAACCACCACAAUUCAUUAUUCUAUUUUCCAAGUUGCCUGCCUUCACUUUCAGUCUUUCAGAGAAGCCAUCCCAAAAAUUCUCCUGUUGCUUUCAAUGGCGUCAGGUUACAACAUAAGCAGGCUAAUGUCCAAAAUACAGUUCCUGGGGUGCUGAAUUCCAGGUUCUUGCAAAUUGGUUCUGAGGAAAGCUCCUCUAGUAGACAUGUUUUAGUGAAAUCAACUGGUGCAGAGAGUGCUGGCGGUUCCACUGUGUCUCAAAGUGUGCUUGGGAUUUUGCAUCUGAUUGUUUCAGUUGGUAUUAUUCUUGCAAUCGACAAUUUUUUGAAACAAGCAUUUGUGGCGGCUUCCAUUAAGUUCCCCAGUGCGCUUUUUGGGAUGUUUUGUAUAUUCUCCAUUCUAAUUAUUCUUGAUUCCACUGUUCCUGCUGUGGCAACAAGCUUGAUGAACUUCUUUGAGCCGGCACUACUGUUCAUCCAGAGAUGGCUGCCAUUGUUCUAUGUUCCUUCUUUGGUUGUUUUGCCACUUUCUGUAAAAAGUAUUCCCGCUGCUUCCGGCAUCAAGAUCUGCUAUAUUAUAGUUGGAGGCUGGCUGGCUUCACUUGCUGUUGCAGGAUAUACAGCAAUAGCUAUUAGAAGAAUGGUAAAGACAGAAAUGACAGAUGCUGAGCCUAUGGGAAAACCCUCUCCAUUUUCUGCGGUUGAAGUGUGGUCUUGGAGUGGGAUCCUCUUGAUAUCAUUUGUUUCUGCAUUAUUAUAUCCAACAGCCCUGGGGACAAGUGCUCGAACAUGCCUUCCAUUCCUACUUGCGUCAACUGUGUUGGGCUAUAUAGUUGGUUCUGGAUUGCCAUCAGAUGUGAAGAAGGUUUUCCACCCGAUUAUUUGCUGUGCACUAUCUGCAGAUUUGGCAGCAUUGGCUUUUGGACACUUCUCUAAGUCUGGGCUUGACUCUGUUCUUGGAUCUUACCUUACAAAGGUUUCAUCUAAUCCUGGAGCUGGUGAUGUUCUGAUGGGAUUCUUGGGGUCUGUUAUCCUCUCAUUUGCCUUCUCAAUGUUCAAACAGAGGAAGCUAGUCAAGAGGCACGCAGCUGAGAUUUUCACAUCGGUCAUCCUGUCAACCAUAUUCUCGUUGUAUUCAACUGCUCUUGUUGGACGUCUUGUUGGGUUGGAACCUGGUUUGACUGUCUCAAUUCUACCACGAUGUAUAACUGUGGCAUUAGCACUCAGCAUUGUGUCUUUGUUUGAAGGUACCAAUCCAUCGCUCACAGCCGCUGUGGUUGUGGUAACUGGUCUGGUUGGAGCUAAUUUUGUGCAAGCAACACUUGAUAAACUACAAUUCCGUGAUCCUAUAGUUCGAGGGAUAGCUACUGCAUCUAGUGCUCAUGGAUUGGGAACGGCAGCAUUGUCAGCCAAGGAACCCGAGGCUCUCCCAUUUUGUGCCAUUGCUUAUGCUCUGAAUGGUAUAUUUGGCUCUUUGCUUUGUUCAAUUCCAGCAGUUAGGCAAAGCUUGCUUGCUGUAGUUGGAUGAAAUUAUCAGCUGCUUAGUUGUUCUUACAAUUAGCUACUGCUUCGAAAUCUAUGUUUUUGUUAACCGUAUCCGUAUACAUGUACACAAGAAAUUCUGCCCUUAGUACGUAUAUUCUUAUUAAAAACACACUAUGAAAAACAUCGAGUUUAAAUCUAAA